CCCCGUCCACCGCCAUCACUUGACGCCCCGCCCUUCACGUGCUCUGUGACGUCAGCGGGGCGAAGGCGGAAGUGAGAGGAGGAAACAGACUGACAGCGGCGGCGGCUCGCUCUGUAUGCGUGCACCUGACUCCAGCGUUUCCUGCUUCCUCCAGCCGCCACCCCCUGUAACGAGCUUGCUCUCUCCUUUGGCCGCAGGCCGCCCCUUUCCCCGCUCAAGAUGGACCUGCUGUUCGGGCGCCGGAAGACGCCGGAGGAGAUGCUGCGGCAGAACCAGCGGGCCCUGAACCGGGCCAUGCGGGAUAUGGACCGCGAGCGGCAGAAGCUGGAGACACAGGAGAAGAAGAUCAUCGCUGACAUCAAGAAGAUGGCGAAGCAGGGGCAGAUGGACGCAGUGAAGAUCAUGGCCAAGGACCUGGUGCGAACCCGGCGCUAUGUCAAGAAAUUCAUCAUGAUGCGAGCGAACAUCCAGGCUGUGUCGCUCAAGAUCCAGACCCUCAAGUCCAACAACUCCAUGGCCCAGGCCAUGAAGGGCGUCACCAAGGCCAUGGCCACCAUGAACAGACAGCUGAAGCUGCCCCAGAUCCAGAAGAUCAUGAUGGAGUUUGAGAAGCAGUCGGAGAUCAUGGACAUGAAGGAGGAGAUGAUGAAUGAUGCCAUCGAUGACGCCAUGGGGGACGAGGAUGAUGAGGAGGAGAGUGAUGCUGUGGUGUCCCAGGUGCUGGACGAGCUGGGCCUGACCCUGACGGAUGAGCUCUCCAACCUGCCCUCGACGGGGGCCUCGCUCAGUGUGACGGCUGGGAAGAAGGCCGAGCCCUCCGCAGCGCUGGCGGAUGCUGAUGCCGACCUGGAGGAGCGGCUGAAGAACCUGCGCCGGGACUGAAGGGCUGGGGCUGCCCCCCUCCCUCCCCAGGCCGUGCUUCCCCGGACACCCCACCCACUGCUGGCCACUGCUCUCAACAGCCCAAGGGCUGCGACUGCUGCCUCUGCCCUUCUUUGCGUACUUCUCCCCCAGCCACCCCUCUGCCUAUGUGGGGGGAUUAGGUGGUGGGGUGGAAGGUCCCUGCCAGUUUUGGAGAGCAAAUCUCCUACUCCAAAGUAAUGGGGCUGGGGGUUUGGCUAUGGGGCUGCUGCAGCUGUCCCGGGGGUGGGGGAAUCAUUUCUGUGGGUUGGGGGCUCUUAACUCUUUAGCUUCCAGCUCAAGUACACUACAGGUGGGGGUGUCUUUUCUGUAAUGGCAGUCACCCCCCAGGAGCUGCCAGCUCAGGCUGGAUUCAUCCCCCCCCCACAGAGAGGGGGAGACUGGCUCUGGGGAGAAGCAGAUGGGCAGAUGCUGCACCAGUCUAGGUUGUGUGGGUGUCUGUGGGGGGGCUGGGAUUAUAGGAUGGGGGCAGCUGGGCGCACCCACUAGAGCCUGGAUCUGGGGGGCACAGGUUGGGAGCCUCCCCCCCGGCACAGAGCUCUCCAUCCUGUGCACAGGGAGAGGGGGCUGCGCUGAGGCCCUCCUGCCUCCAUCUGGCUGUGGGGGAGGGGUUGUAAUAAAGGCUGUAGAUUUGUA